AUGGCCGAAGACAACGAACUCUAUUAUCUCCAACCUGGAUUUGACCUCAGCACCCUCACGAUCCCAAAGCUGCGGUCCAUCCUCGUAAAUCACGACAUUCCAUACUCAUCCGCGGCUAAGAAGGGUCAGCUGUUGGAAACAAUCGAACAAGAACUUUUGCCGAAAGCUUCCAAGUUGCUAAAGGCGCAGGCCAGAGUUCGUCGCACGAGCAAAGGCAUCACGGAUGUUCCCAGUGGCCAGGAAAGUACCAUAGACGACGAUAAUGAAGGCGACAAACAGUUGAUGCCACCUCCGAAGACGCCACGAAGCAGGAAGAGUAGAUCAGACUUGGCCACUGAACAUACUGACUCCGCACCAUCGACCUCCCGCCGCCGCACGAAGACUCCAAGCCGACGGAGCACGACCCGAACACCAAGGGCCUCCGACACAGAACCAGAAGUCGAAAGAACAGCACGCAAAUCUCGCAAAAGUAUACCGCAGCCGAUCCUUCCACCGGCCGUGAAGAUUGAAGAGCCCGAUGCCCGGUUGAAGCGAGAGUCGUUAGAAGCCGGAACCAGUCCGUUUUCAGAUGAAAAUCCCUUCCAGUCUGGCUCCAGUCCUCCAUCCGGCGCAGACCGACGAAAAUCUGCUUCUCGAUCACGCAAGUCCCUGACCGCGACGAGCACAAAGAAGAGUCCUACCAAGCGUCGAGAAACGCGAUCGCCACCGAUCAAAUCUGAAGACGCCGAGCCGUCCCGGGCAUCUUAUUCCUUCCCAGUAUCAAGAAUCACGUCAGACGAGCAAGAAGACGGAGUUCAGAUCACGGAGGAGUUCACAGCCGACGCCGCUCGUGAGCUGGCCGAAGAAGAGAGGAAUGGACAGGUUGUACCGAGUAGACCGUCGGCGCUGGUGCGGCGGAAGAAACAAAAGCCAACGAGUACAGUCGCCAAAACUGCGCCGUGGGCGGUGAUGACCACCGUCCUGGCGGCACUCGCAGGCUGGUACAGACAGGAAAAGAUUAAUGUUGGCUAUUGUGGAGUUGGAGAGCCUCACUGGUCGUUGGCUCAGAAUCCACACAUCCCUGCUUGGGUGCACCAGAAUCUUGAACCGACAUGUGAGCCAUGUCCACAACAUGCAAUCUGCUAUCCAGACAUGGAAGUGCAGUGUGAGACGGAUUUUGUUCUUCAGCCGCACCCUUUGAGUGUCAAUGGACUUGUUCCUCUUCCGCCGACGUGCGAACCGGACAGCGAGAAGCAGAGACGAAUCAAGGCUGUAGCAGAUAGGGCCGUUGAAGACCUCCGGGAAAGACGGGCAGCAUAUGAAUGUGGAGACACGGUCAGCAAGGCGGAUGAAGCGGCUUCAAGUGCCACAGCCAACGCUCAGGCAGUUGCGAAAUCUACGGCUCCUAAGCUCGAAGUGACGGAAGAAGAUCUCAAGAAGUCUGUCUCAAAGCUCAGAAGAAAAGGCAUGACGGAGCAAGAAUUCGAAGAUCUGUGGCGUGGAGCCUUGGGAGACAUAAUGGGUCGCGACGAAGUUGAGGUCAAGCACGAUAAAUCCGGACGACUUGUCCUCUCAAGUACUUCCCUCGCCCGACUCCCCUUCGGAUGCGCCGUCCGACGAUCUCUGGUCCGGACGAUUUCGCAAAAUCGAAUCCCUCUUGGAGUUUUGACGGGGAUCAUUGUGGCUUUGUUUUAUGGACGAAAUAAGAUCAUGGCGUACCAACGCGCCACGGCACAAAUUCCGGGCCUGGUGGGCACGACUCUCGAUAGGCUCGCGACGCAGGCGGCCUUGUACCACGACCAACGCACUCCAGAGGCGUUCAUUAGCGUUGGACAGCUUCGAGAUGAUGUGUUGAGGCACGUGUUCAGCGCGAGUGAGAGGGAGAGAGUGUGGCAGAACGUCCGCAAAAUCGUGGAAAGCAAUUCGAACGUCCGAGCUGCGACAAGAGAAGGUGGGAAGACGGGAGAGUGGUCUCGAGUCUGGGAGUGGAUUGGACCCGUGGACCUGGCGCCUGGGUUGGAAGGGAGAAGGAGUGGCGGGGGAGGGUUGAUUGAAGCAUCAUCGUCGACUAGGAGAGCCGAGGGUGGUGUUGAAGAAGUAUCGCGGACCCAGACUCCGGAUCGAUCGAAUGUGGAAGUGAGACGAUGGGAUGAAGGACGUCCGAUCUAUUGA